AUGGGCCUUACCGCGGCGGAAACCUACAAACAAGAGAUCGAAGAGCCCGAGCAACCGCAGGAGUACAAUCCCUACAAGCCCGAAAAGGGCUAUGGCUGGGGCGAGGCUCUGCCAGAGAAGCAGGGUCUGUACGACCCCAGCUUAGAGAAAGAUGCCUGUGGUGUAGGCUUCGCUGCCCAUAUCAAGGGUAAGCCUAGCCACAAGAUUGUCAGCGAUGCCCGCAACCUACUCUGCAACAUGACCCACCGAGGCGCGGUCGGGUCGGACGCUCGAGAUGGUGACGGUGCCGGUGUCAUGACCUCGAUCCCCCACAAGUUCUUCGUCAAGAACUUUGCUCGCGAAGUUGGCAUCGAUCUGCCCCCUCUGGGCCAAUACGCCGCCGGCAACCUGUUCUUCAAGCCUGAUACGGAGAUGCUGAAAGAUGCUACAACCAGCUUUGAGGAGGUGGCUUCAGAGCUUGGUCUGAGGACUCUGGGCUGGCGUGAGGUUCCUCGCGACUCUACUCUGCUUGGUCCGGCUGCGCUGUCUCGCGAGCCCAUCAUCCUGCAGCCAUUUGUGGUUCUGGCAUCUGCUUACGGUUCCGGCAACAAACCUGAGAACACCGAUCCCGAGUCCUUCGAUUCCGUUGCGUUUGAAAGAAAGCUGUAUGUGCUCAGAAAGUCCGUUACGCAUGAUACCCGGUGGAAGCCUUGGUUUUACAUCUGCUCGUUGAGCAACCGCAACAUUGUCUACAAGGGUCAACUUGCACCGGUGCAGGUUUACCAAUACUACCACGACCUGGCGUCCGUGGAUUACGAAGGUCAUUUCGCUCUCGUUCACUCUCGCUUCUCAACCAACACGUUCCCCUCCUGGGAUCGCUCACAGCCUUUGCGGUGGCUUGCCCACAACGGUGAGAUCAACACUUUGCGCGGCAACAAAAACUGGAUGAGAGCGCGCGAGGGCGUCCUCAGUUCUGACUUCUUCGGUGACGAUCUUGAGCGGCUCUUCCCAAUCGUCGAGGAUGGUGGCUCCGAUUCGGCUGCUUUUGACAACGUUCUGGAGUUGCUGGUCAUGAACAGAGUUCUUUCGCUCCCUGAAGCCGUCAUGAUGAUGGUACCUGAGGCAUGGCAGGGCAACACUGCCAUGGACGCGGAGAAAGCUGCUUUUUACGAAUACGCAGCUUGCUUGAUGGAGCCAUGGGACGGUCCUGCUCUCUUCACCUUCUCCGACGGCCGCUACUGCGGUGCCAACCUUGAUCGAAAUGGUCUCAGACCUUGCAGAUACUAUGUGACUGAUGAUGACCGUAUUAUCUGCGCCUCUGAAGUUGGAACCAUUGCCAUCGAGCCAGAGCGCGUCAUUCAAAAGGGCCGCCUACAGCCUGGAAAGAUGCUCUUGGUCGACACCGAGGCUGGUCGCAUUAUUGACGAUGCUGAACUCAAGCAUACGGUUUCUGGCAGACAGAAUUUCCAACAGUGGCUCGAUACGCACCUCUACAAGAUGCCCAAUAUAGUGGACACCCUAUCGAAGGAGCUCGACCUGGGAUUCAAGCUUUCGAAGACGAACAUUCAAGAUGACCCGCUUCUGCGUGCGUUUGGUUACUCAUUCGAGCAAAUCAGUCUCCUACUUGGCCCCAUGGCCGCAGACUCAAAGGAAGCUCUAGGCUCAAUGGGCAACGAUGCCCCGCUGGCCUGUCUCGCCCAGCAGCCUCGCCUGAUGUUCGAGUACUUCAGGCAGAUGUUCGCUCAAGUCACCAAUCCGCCCAUUGAUCCUAUUCGAGAGGCAAUUGUGAUGUCGCUCGAGUGCUAUGUCGGUCCUCAAGGCAAUCUGCUCGAGAUGGAAGAGUCGCAGUGUGCCCGUCUGCUACUCCCAUCCCCCAUCUUGGAGAUUGAAACUUUCAAUGCUGUCAAGAACGUGGAUGCCUACGAUAAGGAGUGGACCGUGAAGACUAUCGAUAUUACCUUUGAUAAGUGGUCUGGGGUUCAAGGCUACACUCAGGCUCUCGACAACAUUUGCGAUGCUGCUACCGAGGCUAUUAGCAACGGCGACAAGGUCAUCAUUCUGUCCGACCGAGCCACCUCCGCUGACAGAGUUGCUGUCUCCUCUUUGAUUGCCACUGGUCUCGUUCACCACCAUCUCGUCCGCAACAAAUGGAGAUCUAGGGUUGCCUUGGUAGUCGAGACUGCCGAAGCUCGUGAGGUCCACCAUAUGUGCGUACUUGUUGGCUACGGUGCUGACGCCAUCAACCCAUAUUUGGCCAUGGAGUGCAUCCUCAAGAUGAACCAGGAAGGUCUCAUCCGCAAGAAGCUCACUGACCAACAAAUCAUUGCCAACUACAAGGCGUCUUGCGACGGUGGUAUUCUCAAGGUCAUGAGCAAGAUGGGUAUUUCCACUCUGCAGUCAUACAAGGGUGCUCAGAUUUUCGAGGCGCUUGGUAUCGAUGAUUCUGUGGUCGACCGGUGCUUUGCUGGAACUGCUACCCGCAUCAAGGGCUUGACCUUUGAGUUGAUUGCUCAGGAUGCCUUCGCCUUCCAUGAGAAGGGCUAUCCUUCGCGAGAGAUCCGUGAAAUUCCUGGUUUGGCCGAGACUGGAGAGUAUCACUGGCGUGACGGUGGAGAGGCUCACAUCAACGACCCAACCAGCAUAGCGAACAUUCAAGAUGCAGUCCGCACCAAGAAUGACAAGUCUUACGAAGCGUACUCGCUCUCCGAGUACGAGCAGAUCAAGAAUUGCACACUUCGUGGCAUGCUCGACUUCGAUUUUGAACAGCGCGCUCCAAUCCCGAUCGACCAGGUUGAGCCCUGGACCGAGAUUGUUCGCCGCUUCGUGACCGGUGCCAUGUCAUACGGAUCCAUCUCCAUGGAGUCUCACUCUACGCUGGCCGUUGCCAUGAACAGACUUGGCGGCAAGUCAAACACCGGCGAAGGUGGUGAAGAUCCGGAGCGAAGCCUGCAGAUGGAGAAUGGCGAUUCGAUGCGAUCUGCUAUUAAGCAAAUCGCCUCUGGCAGAUUCGGUGUUACCUCAAACUACCUGGCCGACGCUGAUGAGCUCCAGAUCAAGAUGGCCCAAGGCGCUAAGCCCGGAGAGGGUGGCGAGCUUCCAGGACACAAGGUGUCUGAGGCUAUUGGAAGGACUAGACACUCUACUCCUGGUGUCGGACUGAUCUCGCCUCCACCACACCACGAUAUCUACUCCAUUGAAGAUCUCAAACAGCUCAUCUACGACUUGAAAUGCUCAAACCCCCGAGCACGUGUCUCGGUCAAGCUUGUGUCCGAGGUUGGAGUUGGUAUUGUCGCUGCUGGUGUUGCCAAAGCCAAAUCCGACCACAUUCUUAUUUCUGGCCAUGAUGGUGGUACUGGAGCUUCUCGGUGGACCGGUAUCAAAUACGCCGGUCUUCCCUGGGAACUGGGUCUUGCUGAGACCCAUCAAACUUUGGUGCUCAACGAUCUCCGUGGCCGUGUCAUCGUCCAGACCGACGGUCAGCUUCGUACUGGACGUGAUGUUGCUAUAGCAUGCCUGCUCGGCGCGGAAGAGUGGGGUUUCGCUACCACUCCUCUUAUUGCCAUGGGUUGCAUCAUGAUGAGAAAGUGUCAUCUUAACACGUGCCCGGUCGGCAUUGCCACUCAAGAUCCUCUGCUGCGUGAGAAGUUCCGUGGUACACCCGAACACGUCAUCAACUUUUUCUACUACAUUGCCAAUGAGCUCCGUGCCAUCAUGGCCAAGCUUGGACUUCGCACUGUCAACGAGAUGGUGGGUCGUGCCGAACUCCUGCAGAUGCGUGAUGACCUACGCACUCCUAAGACCGAAAACAUCGAUCUGUCGUUGAUCUUGACUCCUGCACACUCGAUCAGACCAGGUGUGGCGACUUACAACGUUCGCAAGCAAGACCAUAAGCUGCACACACGCCUUGACAACAAACUUAUCUCCGAAUCUGAGCUUGCGCUUGAGAAGGGUCUGCCUUGCCGGAUCGAGACCGACAUUGUCAACACCGACCGUGCUCUUGGUGCUACUCUCUCCUACCAGAUCAGCAAGCGUUAUGGCGAGACUGGUCUGCCUCAAGACACCAUUCAUGCCAAUAUUCGUGGCUCGGCUGGUCAGUCUUUCGGUGCUUACCUUGCUCCAGGUGUGACACUGGAGCUCGAAGGUGACGCCAAUGACUACGUUGGAAAAGGUCUGUCGGGUGGUCGCGUCAUUAUCUAUCCCCCGCGCAGCGCUGUGUACAAGGCCGAGGAGAACAUUCUCGUCGGAAACGUCUGCCUGUACGGUGCUACAAGCGGUCAAUGCUUCUUCCGUGGUGUGGCUGCCGAGCGCUUCGCUGUUCGCAACUCAGGUGCUACUGCUGUUGUCGAAGGAGUGGGUGACCACGGCUGUGAGUACAUGACUGGCGGUCGUAUUGUCAUCCUUGGUGCUGCGGGUCGCAAUUUUGCUGCCGGUAUGUCGGGUGGCAUUGCCUAUGUGUUCGACAUGCAUCAGGACUUCCACUCCAAGAUCAACAUGGAGAUGGUGGAAGUCUCCGGCGUUGAGGAUCCUGCCGAAAUCGCCUUCCUUCGAGGACUUAUCGAGGAUCAUCAUCACUACACGGGCUCAGAGCUUGCUGCUCGCAUUCUCCUUGAGUUCAAUCGCGCUCUUCCCCGUUUCGUCAAGGUUCUUCCUGUUGACUACAAGCGCGUUCUCGAGGAGCGUGCCAAGAAGGCUGAGGAGGCUAAGAAGGCCGAGUAUCCUCUUCCAAUUCUCCCAGGUAACGCUGUCCGUAACCUGCAUCAGGACCAGCGUGAGAAAGCACAGGAGAAAGAAAAGCAGAAGCAAAAGGCCGAAAUGCUUGACAUUGAGGAGGGCAUCAACGGCGAUGCUCAGAAGGCCAAGGAGAAGUCUAGCCUGGUGCUUGACAAGACUCGUGGCUUUAUGAAGUACACCCGUCGCUCCGAGAAGUAUCGCCAGACCAAGAUUCGCACUAAGGACUGGUCCGAGCUUUCUUCACGCUUGUCUGAGGACGAGCUCAAAUAUCAGAGCGCCAGAUGUAUGGAUUGUGGUGUACCAUUCUGUCAGAGCGACUCGGGAUGCCCCAUCUCCAACAUCAUCCCCAAAUGGAACGAAUUGGUCUUCGCCAAUCAGUGGAAGGACGCCCUGAACCGCCUUCUGAUGACCAAUAACUUCCCCGAGUUCACUGGGCGUGUCUGCCCGGCGCCCUGUGAGGGAGCCUGUGUCUUGGGUAUCAAUGAAGACCCCGUCGGCAUCAAGUCGAUUGAAUGCGCCAUUAUCGACAAAGGUUUUGAGAUGGGUUGGAUGCAGCCUGAACCUCCCACAUCGCGAACAGGCAAGAAAGUUGCCAUCAUCGGCUCUGGCCCUGCUGGUCUGGCGGCUGCAGACCAGUUGAAUCGCGCCGGCCACGAGGUCACAGUUUACGAACGGGCGGAUCGUAUUGGUGGACUUCUCAUGUAUGGCAUUCCAAACAUGAAACUCGACAAGCGUGUCGUCCAGCGCCGAGUGGAUCUCAUGGCAGCAGAAGGUGUCAAGUUCGUGACGUCAACUGCGGUUGGUCCUGAGGAAGAGAACAGCCUUGAUUCGGUCCGCGCCGCUAACGAUGCUGUUAUCAUCUCGACUGGUGCUACUGUAGGCCGCGACCUCAAGAGUCCCGGCCGUGAUCUGGAUGGUAUCCAUUUCGCCAUGACAUUCCUUGGCCAGAACACCAAAUCACUCCUUGACAGCAAGCUUGAUGACGGAAAGUAUAUCUCUGCGAAGGACAAGCAUGUCAUUGUCAUUGGCGGUGGUGACACUGGUAACGAUUGCAUUGGCACGUCUGUUCGUCAUGGUGCUAAAUCUGUCACCAACUUCGAGCUGCUGCCUCAGCCUCCUCCUGAGCGUGCUCGCGACAACCCCUGGCCACAGUGGCCGCGCAUCUUCCGUGUCGAUUACGGCCACACCGAAGUCAAGCAGCAUUAUGGCAAAGACCCUCGAGAGUUCUGCAUCAUGACUACCUCUUUCGAGGGCGCCGACGGCAAAGUCACCGGCAUCAAUACGAAACGUGUAGAAUGGGCCAAGGGUGCGUCCGGUGGUUGGGACAUGAAGCCCGUCGAGGGUAGCGAGCAGCAUUUCCCUGCCGACCUGGUUUUGCUGUCCAUGGGUUUCCUCGGUCCCGAAGCCCGUUUGUUCAAUGACCAGAUUGAACUCGAUGGCCGCAGCAACAUCAAGACACCCAAGGGUCAGUACGACACAAACAUCGAUGGCGUGUUCGCUGCCGGUGACUGCAGACGUGGUCAAUCUCUGAUCGUCUGGGGCAUUAACGAGGGCCGGCAAUGUGCCCGCCAGGUCGACUCGUUCCUGAUGGAAAGAGCCUCAUUGCUACCCGUCACUGGUGGUAUUGUCAAGAUGCCCGCUCGUGACGCCGUCCCACAGGUCAAGGAGUCAAAGGCCAACGGCUAUGGCGACAUGGCACACGCAGCUGAGGCAUACAAAGCCAAUACCAACACUGCGGCGCAGAAGUGA